AUGGCAGCAGCAGGCGUCUCUCGCUCUGAGGCCUUCGAGGAUUAUUCUCUCUACAGUAACCUGAGUGAUGAGGAGCUGCUGCAGCUCGCCAUCGAGCGCAGUCUGACUGACUCACCCGGCAACGCCUCCAAUGACGUCACCUCUGCUUUUGCCAACACAACUCCUCACCAACCUGACAGCAGCAGCCUGAACCCUGCAUCCAGAAACACUAACCAAUCAAGGCACAGCUCCCAAUGUCCACCUGCAAACUACAGCUCUCCAAAUCCCCCGAGGGAGGAGCCUCCUGAUCCGAAGACUUUUGAUGGGACAGUCAGUCACUUCAUGACGGGUUCUGGGAAGCGCAUGGUGGAGUAUCGCAAAGCUGAUGGCAGUCUGGCCUUCAUAGCUCCAGAACCUGAAGAGGAGGAGGAGCCUCUGUUCAAAGCAAUCCGUGUCGGUGACGCGAGCAGAGUGAAAGCGUUGGCAAUGUGUCUGGGAACAAACCUUAUGCUGCCAAGUAAACCAGGCUGGCUUGCGAUCCACCAGGCGGCUUGGUAUGGUCAGGAAACCUGUUUGCAAGUACUGCUGUCAGCUCAGCCGGGAAUGAUCAACAAAAGAACGGAACGCGGUGAGACGGCGCUGCUUGUAGCUGUCAGCAAAGACCAGCUGCAAUGUGUUCAGGUGCUGCUGGAAAAUGGACUGGACCCCAACAUCCCAGACUAUGACAAAGAGACUCCCCUUUACAGAGCCUGCGAGAGGAGCAUCCCUGCGAUGGUUGCGGUGUUGUUGAAUCACGGUGCGGCGGUGAACACUCACUGUGUUUGGGGUUGCACCGCCCUGCACGAAGCCGCAUGUCGAAACAACCCGGAGAUCUGUGAGAUGCUGCUGAAGGCUGGAGCCAAACACAACAUCUCCAACAUGUACGGCAUCUCACCGCUGUUCACUGCAGCUCAGAGCGGGCAGCUCGCCACCCUGCGCCUCCUCAUCAAACACGGUGCAGACAUUAAUGGUCAGGCUGCUGAUGGAGCAACCGCUCUGUAUGAAGCUUCUAAAAAUGGACAUGAAGAAAUUGUGGAGCUCCUCCUCUCUCAGAACGCAAAUGCCAACAAACCUGGAAAGUCUGGGUUAUUACCGAUUCAUGUCGCUGCUCAGAGAGGAAGUGACAUCAUUGUCUCCAUGUUGAUCUCGGCCACCAGUAAGACCAGAGUCCGGCGGACUGGCGCCAGCCCACUCCACCUGGCCGCUGACCGUAACCGUGAUGACAUCCUUGAAGUUCUGAUCAAGGCGGGCUUCGAUGUCAAUGCUCAGCUGUCUGACGAACGAUCAAGGCUGUACCAGGACCGCCGCAGCACGGCACUCUACUUCUCCGUCAUCAACAACAACAUCGACGCAGUGCGCAUGCUGCUGGAGGCUGGUUCCGACCCAAACCUUGACGUGUUCAGGCCGCUGUUGGUGGCGGCGAGGCAGGGCUGUAUCAAGACUGUCACCCUGCUGGUGGAGCACGGAGCUGACAUCAACGCCUCCAUCCCCACACACCCCACCACUUUCCCCGCUGUCUACAUGUUCUCCAUGAAGUACCUGCCUAUGUUCAAGUACCUGCUUGACCACGGAGGCCACGCACUGUCCUGCUUCAACUGUGUCUUUGGUAACCGACCGCAUCCAUCAAUCAAAACAACGCGAUCAGAGAGGGACCUCCCCGACACUGACCGGGUCCCCCAGCAAAGGGGAGGCGUUCAGUUUUGUGAGAUGAUCUCGGCCCCUAGUAUCUGUCGGUGGGCGGGGCCGAUCAUUGACAUCCUGUUGGACUACGUUGGUCAUGUGACUCUCUGCACCAGAGUGAUGGAACACCUGGACAGUUACUCCGGCUGGAGCGUGAUCAAGGACAAAGCAGCCCCUCCUCGCCCGCUGCUGCAGCUCUGCAGAAUACAGGUUCUGCAGCUGGUUGGACGACGUCGUUUGAAGAAGCUGCCGCUGCCUGGUGGUCUGAUCCGCUUCCUGCAGCACCAGGAAGGAUCUGUGGAGGACUUGUGA